CAUGAGUUCACUGCCAUGGGACUGAUGAACAACCAACAGAUCGAUUACUAUGACAGUGUGUCAAAGAAGACGAUUCCCAAACAGGACUGGAUGAGGGAGAAGCUGCCAGCAGACUACUGGGAAAAAGGGACUCAGUCACGCAAGAGCAAGGAGCAGUGGUUCAAAGUCAACGUCAACAUCCUGAUGGAUCGCAUGAGGCACAACAACACUGAUGUCCAUGUCCUUCAGUGGAAGGUUGGCUGUGAGAUUGACCAACAGAGUGACGGCACACUGAAAUUCAUGAAGGGCGCUGACCAAUACAGCUACGAUGGUGACGACUUCCUGGCCUUUGAUGAUGUCACUAUGCAGUGGGUGGCCCCAGUUGUUCAAGCUCAGAUGACUAAGAGGAAGUGGGACGGGGUGCAGAUCCUCAACACGUACACCAAGGGCUACCUGGAGAAGGAGUGUGUGGACUGGCUGUCCAAAUUCAUGGAAUAUGAGGACAAGGAAUUCAGUAGGGCUGAUUCCCCUCCAAAGGUCUAUGCAUUUGCUAAAAAGGCCAAAACUGCAGGACAUGUCAGACUGACCUGCAUGGCCACAGGUUUCUAUCCUAGAGAUGUGUUAAUGCAUAUUAAGAAGAAUGGUGUUCCAUUAACCAAACAUGAUGGAGUGCAGUCUACAGGAGUCCUACCCAAUGAUGAUGACACCUACCAGAUCAGGAUGAGUGUGCAGAUCCCAGAGGCAGAUAAGGAAACUUAUGAAUGUUAUGUCGGCCAUGGAACUUUGAAGGAGCCAUUUGUGGUAAAAUGGGGUAAAGUAUGGCUAAUUUGGUUUAGUGUUAUUGAUGGUUAAUAUGGUUUAGUAUUAUUGACACAGG